CGGUAAUGCGCCUGAAAGCUGGUUUGCCAGCCGCCAUUAAAACUCAAAUAAGAAAGAAGACAGAGUAGCUGUGUUUCAGGGUAAUUUUUAGUCAUUUAAGUUGUGUUAUUAGCUGUGUUACAGUGAACACAGGCAGACAUGUACCGCUGCAUGGCAAGGAGUGUGUGUAGCAGAGGAAGAGUGUGUGCUGCCUUUGUGCCUCCACACACCCAGCCACCAUUAUGGACAUUGAGAAACACGACAGAGGAGGGACAUCACAGGCUGGCUGAGCGGCGUUGGCAGUGUUCAGUCCGCUGUAUGAGCUCUGCAGUCAGGAGGAGAGCUCUGCGUAGUGCCUUCCCAGUGCUGGAGCAGCCCCUCCAGCCCAUCCACCGACAUGUGUAUGAAGCCAACCUCCGAAACAGCAACGCCUGCCAUAAGAAGUUCAUAGAGUUGAGUGAAAAGGUGAGAAAAGGUGGAGGGGAAAAGAGCAUCGCCAGACACACUCAGAGAAACAAGAAGUUGUUGGUCAGGGAUCGGCUGCGCCUCCUGCUGGAUAAUGAGGACUUCCUGGAGCUGUCACCAUUAGCUGGUCUGGGUCUGCCGUACGGGGACAUCCCUUCAGCCGGCUGCCUGACUGGCAUUGGCAGGAUCAACGGCCUGUGGUGUGUGUUUAUUGCCAAUGAUGCCACAGUGAAAGGUGGCACAGCGUAUCCAAUCAUGGUGAAGAAGCAGCUACGGGCACAGGAAGUAGCGCAACAAAAUCGCCUGCCUUGUGUUUAUCUGGUCGACUCUGGGGGAGCUUUUCUACCACUGCAGUCAGACAUCUUUCCUGAUAGAAAUCACGGAGGAAGGACGUUCUAUAAUGAAGCUAUCAUGUCUGCCAUGAAGAUCCCACAGGUGUCAGUGGUGUGCGGGUCGUGCACGGCGGGUGGAGCUUACGUCCCCACAAUGGCAGAAGAGGCAGUGAUGGUGCACCGGAUAGGGACUAUAUUCCUGGGCGGACCGCCACUUGUCAAGGCCGCCACUGGAGAGGAGGUCACACCAGAAGACCUGGGAGGAGCCACGCUUCACGCUGAGGUGAGUGGCUGUGUGGACCAUUUUGCCUGGGAUGAAAAACAGGCGUACCAUGACACCAGAAACGUCAUAUCCACCCUCAACUUCCAACUGCCUGAGGAAGAGGAUGAGGAUGAGGAGAAGACGAGGAAGAGGAAAGCAGAGGAGGAGCCGCUGUACAGUUCAGAGGAGCUUCUGGGGCUGGCUCCCAGAAGUUAUAACCACAGUCUGGAUGUUAAGAUGGUAGUCAGUCGACUGACAGACGGGAGCCGCUUCCAGGAGUUUAAAGCUCGCUAUGGAACCACACUCAUCACCGGCUUUGCAAAUAUACAUGGCCACCUGGUGGGAAUAGUAGCCAACAACGGAGAGCUGUCGUACCAAGCUGCACUGAAAGGAAGUCAUUUUGUCCAGUUGUGUGACCAGAGAAACCUUCCCCUCAUCUUCCUCCAGAACACAGCACCCACAGGAGCUCUAACACUCUCCACAGCACAGGCAGAGAUGAACAGUAACCGUCUGAAGGCUCAUGGUUCAAUGAUGUCAGCAGUAGCGUGUGCCUCAGUCCCCAAAAUCACUGUGGUGAUUGGUGGUUGCCAUGGUGCUGACAGCUACACCAUGUGUGGGCGGGCAUUUGACCCUAAUUUCCUGUUCCUGUGGCCCAACGCUAGAGUGUCAACGACAGCUCCGGGUCAUGCCGGCUCUCUGCUUGCCCCUGACAGUGAGCAGGAGGAGGAAGAGAGGAAGAAGGAGGAGGUCAAGUUAAAUAAGAUAUUGGAGGAGGAGAGCUCCGCUUUCUUCUCCACCGGCCGGCUCUGGGACGAUGGAGUCAUUCUGCCUCAGGACACCAGGAAGAUUCUCAGAGACUGCCUGGACAUCAUCAAACAGCAGCAGUAUGAGCUCUCCACAGAGAAACAGCACUCGGCACUUCUACGUAUAUAGAGGCUGCGUUCUUUCUUUUCCUUACUUCCUCUGGACGCUACAAAAAUCCAUGUAUGUACUGAGCUGCUGGUGCUGUAGGCACCAAGAGGAUUCACACCAAACUCUUGUGGGUGCUAAUGAGCAAUAUCCUAAAAGUAAAUAAAAGAGAGUCUGAACACCUUGAAUAACAAAAAUCUAGUACAACUCGUUGCUAGUCCUCUAAUCUCAUAUUUGGUAAAGUGACUGAUGAAUUAAACUUUGGAGGUUUUAACAUUCUCCAUUUAUUGUAUAUUUUCUUUCAGUUUGGACCCACACUAAAACAUCUAUGCUCUUGGUUUGGGAGAAGUUGAUUAAAAAAUGGAAAUUUACUGUGGCUGUUCUAUAUGUACACAGGGAUAAUUUACUCUUCAGUAUUUGUACAUAGCACUUCAAUUUACAUACAAUUUUUUUGCCUUAUGGAAACAGAUUCUUAAGAGGUACUGACUUUAUACAGACACAGUUGUUACUCUUGAUGCAUUGUGAAAAAGUUUUACCACAAGUUUUAUCACGUGUGCUGUAUAUGCAGGAAUAAUUAUUCAUUCAUUCAUAAUUUUGGCUUAUUGAAAAUACUCUACUGGAGAGCGAGUUCUCAUUAAUCCUGUGAAGUGCCUCAGCAGGUUUUUUCAUCUUCGGUCAUUCUCACUUUCACAUCAUUUCUCAGGUACGUGAAAGUACGCUACAUGAGAGAUUCACAUAAUAUAUUGCCAUCAGAUUUCUUCUUCUUUUGGCCAGUUCUAAGUACUGUAAAUGUCAUGUGGGUCAUACGAACAGCAGCCCAGUGGUCUGUUUGAGCCUUAACCUAGUUCAGUAGAGAUCCUUCUGAUGUUUUUUUUUUUUUUAAUAGCUGUUCAUGUGACAAAUAAUUCCAAGAACUGUCCAAAAGCCAAUCAUAGGACUUUAAACAUGUUGCACUGAUUUUCUGUGCAACUAUUUAUUGUCAUUUUUCUGUCAAAAAUACUACGUUGUAAGAAAUCAUGCUGUGUAAUUACAAAUGUAAAUGCAUCGUUGUGAUGUAGUUUUUUUUAAAUUGUAUAGAAGAAUAUAUUUAAAAAGUGUAAAUAAAUUUUCAAAUUGCAAAACUAA